AUGGCGUGCUGGAUUGUGAAUGAAACUACACCCAUCCUAGUGCUGCUCUCUUGGCUGGCAAUGAAUGUCUAUCUGUUUGUGGACACCUUCUGUUGGUAUGAAGAAGACGAGUCUUUCCUUUACACACGUGUUAUCCUGGGUUCAGCACUGGCCUGGGCCCGAGCGUCCGCAGCCUGCCUCAACUUUAACUGCAUGUUAAUCCUGUUACCUGUCAGCCGGAACCUUCUCUCCUUUGUGAGAGGAACAAGUACCUGCUGCAGAGGACCAUGGAGAAGGCAAUUAGACAAAACACUCAAAUUCCACAAGCUGGUUGCCUAUGCCAUCGGUGUUCAUGCAACCAUUCACACUGUGGCGCAUUUAUUCAACUUGGAGCGCUACCGGUGGAGCCAGUCAGAGGACGCCGAAGGACUUGUAUCUGCACUUGCCCAACUUGGCAACGCCCCAAAUGAGACCUACCUCAACCCUGUGCGGACCUUCCACACGGUUCCAGCCACGAUGUUGCUAACAACAAUCGCAGGAAUCACGGGCCUGGUGAUCUCUCUGGCUUUGAUCUUAAUUAUGACCUCAUCUACCGAGUUCAUCAGACGGUCCUAUUAUGAGUUAUUCUGGUACGCACACCAUGCAUUCGUUGUCUUCUUUAUCGGUCUGGCUCUCCAUGGAGCAGGUCGGAUUAUUCGAGGCCAAAGUCCGGAGAGUCUGUUGCUACACAAUGCCACGUUCUGUAGGAACCACUACACUGAAUGGAAUGCAACCACCCGGUGCCCUGUGCCUCAAUUUUCUGGCAAAGAACCAUCGGCCUGGAAAUGGGUUUUAGGCCCCGUGGUCUUGUAUGCAUGCGAAAGAAUAAUUAGGCUCUGGCGAUUUCAGCAAGAAGUUGUCAUCACCAAGGUGAUAAGUCACCCAUCAGCAGUCCUAGAACUUCACAUGAAGAAGCGUGAUUUCAAGAUGGCGCCAGGACAAUACAUCUUCAUCCAGUGCCCGGCCAUCUCCUCACUGGAAUGGCACCCCUUCACCCUCACCUCCGCCCCCCAGGAGGACUUCUUCAGUGUGCACAUCCGGGCAGCAGGAGACUGGACAGGAGCUUUAGUGAAGGCCUUUGGGACUGACGGACCACCCCUCAAGGAACUCUGCAGCCUGCCAAGGCUGGCCGUGGACGGCCCAUUCGGAGCCUCUCUCACGGACGUGUUUCACUACUCUGUGAGUGUGUGCGUGGCAGCAGGAAUAGGAGUGACCCCCUUUGCCUCUCUUCUGAAAUCCAUGUGGUACGAAUGUCAUGAGCCACGAACCCCGCCGGGACUGAGCAAGGUGUAUUUCUACUGGAUCUGCCGGGAAGCGAGAGCGUUUGAAUGGUUUGCUGAUCUCCUAGUCUCGCUGGAAACACAGAUGAGUGAACAAGGGAAAGCUCACUUUCUGAGUUAUCACAUAUUUCUUACUGGCUGGGAUGAAAACCAGGCUAUUCACAUCGCUUUACACUGGGACAGAAGCACCGAUGCGAUUACAGGCCUACGGCAGAAAACCUUCUAUGGGAGACCCAACUGGAGCAAGGAAUUCAGGCAGAUCGCCUACAAUCACCCCAGCAGUAACAUCGGUGUGUUCUUCUGUGGCCCCAAAGCGCUGUCAAAGAUACUCCAAAAGAUGUGCUGCUUAUAUUCGUCAGCCGACCCCAGGGGUGUUCAUUUUUAUUACAACGAGGCAAGCUUCUAA